UAAGAGUAAUGUUACAAUCACCUGAAUAAAUCUAAUGCUGAACAAGACUUAGCCAUCUUCGUUGACCAAUACUUUGUUUAGGUCAAUCUUUGCCCAUCAAGAACAAAUUACAAUGAUGAACAAUGUAUAGUCUCUCCUCUGAAUCAGAAAAGCACACAUCCCCCCAAAAAAAAACAUGAAGUUUCUUCAAGGCUUUUUGCCCUUCUUGAUCUUAGCUUUUGACAUUUUUGAAUUGGUUCAAGCUCAAGAUCAAUCAGGAUUCAUCAGCUUAGAUUGUGGUUUGGUACCUAAGGACAGAACGUAUGUGGAGAAGUCGACGAAUAUAACAUACAGAUCAGACACAGAUUACAUCGAGAGUGGAUCCCCCGGGAAUAUCAACGAGAUGUACAGGGCACAGUUUCAGCAACAGACUUGGUCCUUGAGAAGCUUCCCUGAGGGUCAAAGAAACUGUUACAACUUCACCCUCACCGUGAAACGCAAGUAUCUGAUCAGAGCAACCUUUAUCUAUGGGAAUUACGACGGUUUGAAUCAACUCCCGACCUUUGAUCUUCACAUUGGUCCUAACAAAUGGACUUCGGUUUCAACCCUAGGAGUGACAAAUGGUUCAAUCCACGAGUUGAUCCAUGUCUUAACACAAGACCGUCUUCAAGUUUGUCUUGUUAAGACAGGGGAAACAACACCGUUUAUUUCGUCCUUGGAACUUCGUCCUUUGAGUAAUAACACAUACGUCACACAAAGUGGAUCGCUGAUUGCGUUCGCAAGAGUUUUCUUUUCACCCACGCCAUCGUUCGUCAGGUAUGAUGAGGACGUCCAUGACCGAACUUGGACUCCAUUCUUAGGUAACAAAACUUCCGUGAUAAGCACGGAAGCUUCGGUUGAUACAAGUAACUUCUACAAUGUUCCUCAACCUGUGGCGAAAACUGCUGCUAUCCCUGCAAAUGCUACUCAGCCUCUGACCAUAGAUUGGACUCUCGACGACAUCACUGCACAGUCAUAUAUAUACAUGCAUUUCGCUGAAAUCGAGAAUCUUGCAGCUAAUGCGACUAGAGAAUUCAACAUUACUUUUAAUGGUGGCCGAAACUGGUACUCCUAUUUUAGGCCUCCAAAGUUCAGUAUAACAACUAUAUUCAAUCCAGGAGCUGUGAGUUCUCCUGAUGGGAAGUUCAAUUUCACUUUCGAGAUGACCGGUAACUCUACUCUUCCUCCACUCAUCAACGGUCUCGAGAUUUAUAAAGUCCUUAACAUUGAACAGCAAGAGACAGACCAAGAUGAAGUAUCUGCUAUGAUGGACAUCAAGACAACAUAUGGAUUGAUGAGCAAAAGUUUUAGUUGGCAAGGAGAUCCAUGUGCUCCUAAGUUAUAUCGAUGGGAAGGUUUAAACUGCACUUAUCCUGUCUCUGAGCCACCGCGGAUCAUAUCCUUGAACCUGAGUGGAAGCAAUUUGACUGGUACAAUAACAUUUGAUAUAUCCAAGCUAACACAGUUGACAGUACUAGAUCUAUCAAACAAUGAUUUAUCAGGAGAGAUUCCAGAAUUUUUUUCGGAUAUGAAGCUGACACUCAUAAACUUAAGCGGAAACAUGAAACUUGGUCGCUUAGUUCCAGAGCCUCUUCAACGAAAGAUAGAUAAUAAAUCUUUAAUACUAAUUAGAGAUGGAACCGGAAAAAGUAGUAAAAAUGUGGUUGCUAUCGCAGCAUCAGUGGCUAGUGUGUUUGCUCUGCUACUUAUCUUGGCUAUUGUUUUUGUCGUCAUAAGGAAAAAACGGAAAACUAUUGAAGCUUCAAUACCCGUAUCAUUCACUACUGGCACGGUUAAAAGUGAGACAAGAUCAUCAGGUUCAUCAAUCAUAACAAAGGAACGCAAGUUCACUUAUUCCGAGGUACUAAAGAUGACUAAAAACUUUGAGAGAGUACUUGGUAAAGGAGGGUUUGGAACAGUCUAUUAUGGAAACUUGGAUGAUACUCAAGUAGCUGUGAAAAUGCUCUCUCAUUCAUCAGCUCAAGGAUACAAGGAGUUCAAAGCAGAGGUCGAGCUUCUUUUGAGAGUUCAUCACAGACAUUUGGUGGGACUUGUGGGUUACUGUGAUGAUGGAGAUAACUUGGCUUUGAUCUAUGAAUAUAUGGCAAAUGGAGACCUGAGGGAAAAUAUGUCAGGAAAACUCAGUGUCAAUGUUCUAAGCUGGGAAACAAGAAUGCAAAUAGCUGUAGAGGCAGCACAAGGACUGGAGUAUCUUCACAAUGGAUGUAGACCUCCAAUGGUUCAUAGAGAUGUGAAACCAACUAACAUCUUAUUGAAUGAACGGUCUCAAGCAAAACUAGCCGAUUUUGGGCUCUCAAGAUCUUUUCCGGUUGAUGGUGAAUCUCAAGUUAUGACCAUCGUUGCAGGAACACCUGGUUACCUAGACCCUGAGUAUUAUAGAACAAACUGGCUAAGCGAGAAGAGUGACGUAUACAGUUUUGGUGUAGUGCUAUUAGAAUUAGUCACAAACCAGCCUGUGACAGAUAAAACCAGAGAGAGACCUCACAUUACAGAAUGGGUUGGAUCCAUGCUCACCAAUGGGGACAUCAGGAGUAUUGUCGACCCAAAACUGAUGGAUGACUAUGACACAAACGGUGUUUGGAAGGUCGUAGAGUUGGCCCUAGCAUGUGUAAACCCAUCUUCAAGCCGUAGACCGACGAUGCCACACGUGGUGAUGGAGCUAAACGAAUGUCUGGCUUACAAAAUAGAAAGGAAACAAGGGAGUCAAGAGACGUACACAAAGGAUUCUGUUGAGUUUAGUCCAUCCUCUAUUUCUGAUUUUGCUCCUAGAGCGAGGUAAAUUGAAAAAUCUUUGAUGCGCUGUGAACCUAAAGCUAUGUUGUUUAUAAAAAUCUACUGUGAAAUGUAUAAGAUAGCUCUGUAAAAUUACCUUAAAAAGUAUUAGUCUCUAUUAUGUGUAACCUUCUUGGACUCCAAGAAAUUGAUAUGUAUGGUAUUAGUAGUCGCCUUA